AUGUUGAAUUGGGCACCGGAAACACAUCAUCCUCCUCGGAGUCCAGCUCACUCUUACUAUGAACAACGCCUGUAUUCCCCGGCGGGCCUACUCACCGUAGGGCCCGAUCAUCGUCGUCAUUCACAGCUGCAGCAUCAUCAGCACCCGCAAACUGGCCAUGUUUACCAAUUGAAUGAGAUGUCAAGCUCUGUGCCUCAAAACCAACCUCAUCCUCCUCCUCAUCUACCAUCUGGGCUAUAUGCUACUGACCAUACAGCUGGACAGCAAGCCCGUCCGCCCCAAGCUCCAUCUACCAGUCUUCUGCGGAAUAGCGAAAUGCUGGACCACGCGCAAGGCCACCAUCCAGUAUAUGCGCCGAGACUGCACUCGGUGUCAGAGGAUCAACCACCCGUCUUCAUACAUGGUCAGCAUAGACCAUCAAUCGAUAUGUAUCCCGCGCCUCGCUUCACAGAGUAUCACUUCAAUCCGCCUGUUACAACCCAUGGCAGACCACCUGAUUGGAAUAGUCCUAUGGUAUCUCCAACUGAACCGAGGUCUGAUACUAUGAGGAUAGCCGACAUUCUUACCACUGGUGAGAGAAGUGACAGUAGGACGAGCGUGGACAAUCGCUCAGCCGAUAACCGCUUCGAGCUCCAGAUACGACAGCAACCAAUUGCAGCUCGAUCAUGUGGAUUUGGGGAGAGAGACCGGAGAGUAAUUGAUCCGCCGCCAAUCGUUCAGCUUCUCAUCAAAGAUGCCAGUCUCACGAAAGAAGAGACAGGAAAACAUCUGCGCUAUCCCCACUACGUGAUGAGCUGCUCUAUUUUCGAUGAAUCUGGGUCUUGUGAUGCCUCGUUCAUGCCUGAAGAGUAUCGGCAACAGCGCCGACUCAUGGGCUUAUUAGUCAGUGCCCCGUUUGUUGGCAAGGAUGAACAUGGCGAGGAGGGUUGCUUCUUCUGCUUUCCCGACUUAUCCUGCAGAACUCCUGGUUCAUUUCGUCUUCAUUUCACCUUGGUCAAAAUUGACCCAAUCCGUGCAAAAGAGGUGAAGCGCUUCCCGACUUUGGUCACCGCUCAGAGCGAUGUUUUCACUGUUUAUACAGCAAAGGACUUUCCUGGGAUGCAGGCCAGUACAAAGUUGACUAAGCGACUUAAGGAGCAAGGCUGUAUUAUUUCUAUCAAGAAGGGCAAUGACCGGUCCAAAAACACCAGGAGUCACGACGAUUCAAGUGAUGGAGAGCAAGAUGAGGGCGAAACUACAUUGCAAGGAAAGCGGCGACGCCGUUCGACACGACAGUGA